GACUCCAUCUCAAAAAAAAAAAAAAAGAAUUCUUUUGUUACUUUAUCAUGCUUCAAGGUCCAGGAAAGGCCUAGGCAAAACUCUUGGUGGGCUUUUGUUACAUUCCAGCCUUGUUUAAGGGCACUGGCUGGCUCUUUCAGCUUUUAAUAUGUAACUCAACCACUCAGUCAGUACUGAAACAGUUGUUACGGAGGCCUGCAUUAGUGAGACCCCCGCCUGCCACAGUAAGUGCUUCUGGAGAACAAAACCAGGUAGAUACAUAGAUCUAGUCUUAAUCCCUCAAACUGACACCUUUUUCAGUUUUUUCAUCUGAACAAGAGACGAAUUUCUGAGUUGAUAAACUUGCAUCGUGUCCCUUUAUUUUCCUUCACUUACCUUCACUUUUAAUUUCGUUGGUAUGCCUGUGUAUUUGCCUUGUAGAUGUGUAGUUGGUGACCGCCUCUCCAGAUGCUGAGGUGCCUGUAUCAUUGGCAGAGGCCAGUACUGAACUGUAGGUGGAGUAGGCUGUGUCUUCUGAAGCAGUAUCUAUUUACAAUGAAGUUGCAGUCUCCCGAAUUCCAGUCACUUUUCACAGAAGGAUUGAAGAGUCUGACAGAAUUAUUUGUCAAAGAGAAUCACGAAUUAAGAAUAGCAGGAGGAGCAGUGAGAGAUUUAUUAAAUGGAGUAAAGCCUCAGGAUGUAGAUUUUGCCACCACUGCUACCCCUUCUCAAAUGAAGGAGAUGUUUCAGUCGGCUGGGAUUCGGAUGAUAAACAACAGAGGAGAAAAGCAUGGAACAAUUACUGCCAGGCUUCAUGAAGAAAAUUUUGAGAUUACUACACUACGGAUUGAUGUCACCACCGAUGGAAGACAUGCUGAGGUAGAAUUUACAACUGACUGGCAGAAAGAUGCGGAACGCAGAGAUCUCACUAUAAAUUCUAUGUUUUUAGGUUUUGAUGGCACUUUAUUUGACUACUUUAAUGGUUAUGAAGAUUUAAAAAAUAAGAAAGUUAGGUUUGUUGGACAUGCUAAACAGAGAAUACAAGAGGAUUAUCUUAGAAUUUUAAGAUACUUCAGGUUUUAUGGGAGAAUUGUAGACAAACCUGGUGACCAUGAUCCUGAGACUUUGGAAGCAAUUGCAGAAAAUGCAAAAGGCUUGGCUGGAAUAUCAGGAGAGAGGAUUUGGGUGGAACUGAAAAAAAUUCUUGUUGGUAACCAUGUAAAUCAUUUGAUUCACCUUAUCUAUGAUCUUGAUGUGGCUCCUUAUAUAGGUUUACCUGCUAAUGCAAGUUUAGAAGAAUUUGACAAAGUCAGUAAAAAUGUUGAAGGUUUUUCACCAAAGCCAAUGACUCUUUUGGCCUCAUUAUUCAAAGUACAAGAUGAUGUCACAAAAUUGGAUUUGAGGUUGAAGAUCGCAAAAGAAGAGAAAAACCUUGGCUUAUUUAUAGUUAAAAAUAGGAAAGAUUUAAUUAAAGCAACAGAUAGUUCAGACCCAUUGAAACCCUAUCAAGACUUCAUUAUAGAUUCUAGGGAACCUGAUGCAACUACUCGUGUAUGUGAACUACUGAAGUACCAAGGAGAGCACUGUCUCCUAAAGGAAAUGCAGCAGUGGUCCAUUCCUCCAUUUCCUGUAAGUGGCCAUGACAUCAGAAAAGUGGGCAUUUCUUCAGGAAAAGAAAUUGGGGCUCUAUUACAACAGUUGCGAGAACAGUGGAAAAAAAGUGGUUACCAAAUGGAAAAAGAUGAACUUCUGAGUUACAUAAAGAAGACCUAAAACUGAUGGCUACUAAAAAGCAGAGCAUUUCUGGUAAGAAAGACUAAAUUUUCUCCAUUCCCUCUUAAUGAGGUUUUAGAAACUACACCAGAAUAAAAGACAGUUUAGGGGACCUCUGUAGAACAAGAAGGGUCUUAUUUUGUGAAUUAUAUUUCAAGAACUAAACUGAGAUCUACCUUUCUCGAUCAGAUUUAUAUCACCGAAAUGUACAGUUCUUUUGGAAUAGUUUCACCUGAGAAAACAUAGUUGGCUAUUAUCUUAACCUGUUCAGGCUUUUAAAAAAAAUUGAAGUGGUAACUGUCUUGAAGACAAAAUGUUUAUUGUUUGCAAUUGAAGUAACUGGGUUACCUUGAACAAUGACUAUCUAUGAUGUGUCAGUUCUUAUCUGAAUUCCAAAAUAAACUUUUGCUUAAAAAGGAAAAAAUUGACCAAGUUUGCAUAAAAUAUGAAUACUAAAUGUGUCCCCAGUUGCUGGCAUUCACACGUACAGGAUUUGUUCUAGAGCAAGCUAUGCUUUAGUAUGUGGUUGAUACUUUUCUGUCACAAUGAUUUCUUUAUGCAUGCAGAGUCUGGGAAAGUCAUGGGAUUAGCUUGAAGGUCACUCUUGAGCCUAUUAUUUUAAUAAGACAUUGGUAUUGGAAGAUAAAUGUGUUUAUGUGGUAUCUGACAAUGUAUAUCAGGUAUCAUAUACAAUGGUAAUAUGCCUCUCUUUAAAGUAAAUGUUAUUAAUUAAGAGGAUAUGGCUUACAUUAUUUAUUAUAUAUUUGUUCUUUAAAGAUUUGAGUCCUAAAUGCUUUCAUUAGGUAAAUAAAAUGUAUAACACAAACUGUUUAUUUCAGCUGCUAUACUGACAUUUCAUAAUUUAUUUCAUAAUUUAUUAUUUCCUUUCUAUGUAGCCAGUCAUAACAUCUUUGUACUCUAUGAGCAAAUAGUAAUUUUGGACCUUGAUAAAACAAUUUUGUAGAGUGUAAUAUUUCUAAGAGGAAGUGUCACAGGGGCUAUGAUGCAAGAAAGCCUCAGAAAUGACUGCACACAGGUCAGUAAUUAGCUGCAUUAUAAAAUAAUACUUUGACGUACUGCCAAAAUACAGACUUAGACCCAACAUCAUAUAAUACAUACUAUUUCUGUAUAGAAAGUAUGCAGAUUUAGCUAUCAGGUCUGGUUUUGUCAUGUGUAAAACCAUUUUCAGUAGUAGUAUGUGUGUGUUUUUACAGAUCAGAAAAUUUUAUUUGCUAGUAAACAGUAUGGGACAUACUGAAAUUAUAACAUUUCAGGGGGGAAAAGGUAUCUCAUUGUAACUUGUUUAGAUUUCAGCCUACAGAGAUGUAGUAUGCUGCUGAAAAGAACUUCCUGGGAUCCACUAUAGAGUAAGUAAGUUUUAGUGCAGUGUAAGAACUGUAUGAACAACCAGUGAAGUCAUAUAAACCCAAAAUUAUUAAAGUAGUGAAGAAGUAGAGCUUAGAAAAAAUAAGGCAGGGGCAUAUCCUGAAUAGAAGCAAUCUUGAAUUUUCAUUUGCUCUAUUUACCUAAAUAUGCAUAAAUAUGCAAUGUGAUACUCAACUGAUUUCACUCCACUCAAGGCAUGUAUUUUGGCCUCAUACUAUUACUAUAGUUUGAGUAAACAUUUAACCUGAUUGAUUAGUUUUAAAGUAGCAAAGGAGUAUCAAUAAAACCAAAGUUAUCACACAAAUGUGGAAGGACCCACUAAACCCUUGAAUAUAAGCAAAGAGGUAGGUGGCAAAGCAGUCUUUUUAGUACUUUAAAAUUAUGAGUAGAUAUUUUACAUUAUUUGAACAAAGAACAUGUGUAGUUUCACGCUUAAGGUUUACUUACAGAUUUUCUUCAAUUUACAUUGAACAAAAUACAGUAUCACGUUUAGCCUGGGUGAGGGGACAUGUUUUGGCAUCUUUUCCCUAUAGUAGUAGUUUUUGGUUCAAAUUAAUUUUUGAAAAAUAGUUUUUGUAUGGAACAGUAUAAAUGGGCUUAUAAGUUCAAAUACUGAGCAAAUACACAAUACUACUUUAUACUAACAAACAGGCACAUAAAGGAAAUGACAACUAUUCAUGGGCUCAAAAACCUGCAUAUUAAAACUGCAUAUUUUAAGUAAUUUUCAAAAUUUACAAAUCAGUAUCUCAGAGAAGCUAAAGAAAAUGGAAAGGAACAAAGCCCUUUUAGAAUAAUAUACAUUGCCUUGCUUCUUUC